AAUUUUGGUCCGCAUUCCGCCUUCGUACCCUACGCGCUCAGUUGCGAUCCAUCCACUGUAUUCCGGCGCGAGUGCAGCGCAAUAGUGCUUCGGCCCGGAUGGCCGAUUUUGCAGUUUCCUCCGAACCUAAUGGCGGCACUGGGAGUUCUUUCACCGCUGCCCCGGCUACCCAGGAUUCGUUCAAACAUCGGCUCCCCGACGGUGAGACACAACGGCCAUGGAGCGGAAGAUACGGUAUUGACAGCGGUGAUCGGAGGUUUUCCUUCUCUCGCAACCAGUCUUUCAAGCCUCAGCUCCUGCGGAACGAUUCCUGCAUCGGUAUAAAUCACUCGGAGGAGGAAGAGUUAUGGGAAGGACAUGGGAAGACAGAGUUUGGAGGAACGGGGAAUAGUGUGCGGAAUCGUUCUGUUCUGUAUCAGAUGGCGUCCGUGUUAUUGGCAGUAAGAUCUGGGAAUCGGCAGGUCAGGCGGCUUGCACUGUUGAUUUCGCUUAACGUUGCCUACUCUACCGUCGAGUUGAUGAUUGGACUGCUUACUGGGCGCGUAGGUCUUGUUUCUGAUUCCUUCCAUUUGACAUUUGGUUGUGGCCUCCUAACCUUUUCUUUGUUUGCAAUGACUGCUGCUCAGAAAAAGCCUGAUGGAAUAUACACCUAUGGGUACAAGAGGCUGGAAGUUUUAGCUGCUUUUACAAAUGCUCUGUUUCUUCUGUUCAUGUCCUUCUCCUUGGCAGUGGAAGCGUUGCACGCAUUUAUUCAGGAUGAAUCAGAGCACAAGCAUUAUCUGAUUGUUUCGGCUGUUACCAAUCUUUUGGUGAAUUUACUUGGCGUUUGGUUCUUUCGGAACUAUGCACGUGUUAAUAUUGCUUAUAGGAAGGCUGAAGAUAUGAAUUGCCACUCUAUCUGCCUGCAUGUUCUUGCUGAUUCUAUCAGGAGAAGGCAAAGUUCCUUUCUAAGCCUGAUCUGUGAAUUCUGUCUCAGUGCAGGUUUGGUUCUUGCGUCGUGGUUACUUAGUUUAGGUGUUGAGAAUGCAGAAGUUUUGUGCUUAGGACUGGUCUCAGCUGCAGUAUUUGUGGUCAUCCUUCCACUUUUUCGAGCUACAGGUGGUGUCUUGCUCCAACAGGUUCCUGCAAAUGUACCUACUUCUGCCUUCAACAAAUGCUUGAGACAGGUAACCGCCCUUGAAGAAGUUUCGGAAGUUACUCGGUCCAGGUUUUGGGAAUUGGUUCCUGGUCGUGCUGUUGGUUCACUCUCUAUACUGGUCAAAGGUGGAGAAAAUGGUCAUUCAGUUCUCCAUUAUGUCCAUGAAUUGUACCAUGAUUUGGGGAUACAAGAUCUAACAGUGCAGACUGAUCAUGUAUAGUUCUUUGCGGUUUGUUCUACCUGCAAGGAUUGGAGUAUAUAAAUUUCAUCAUAAUUUGUUCUGCUCUCUUCUUCUCUUUAAUCUCCCAAUGCUUGCUGCCAUUAUUUGUUUUUCAGAAACCUUCAUCUCAUUACUAUGUGUUGAUCCCAAAAAGGUUAAAGUUGUCUCUUUUUUCUA